AUGUCGCUAAAUUCAAAUUUUAAGUCAAUGACCAGUUGUUUCUCGCAAGUCGAUGAAGAACUUUUACUUGAAAAAAUCUUAGAGGAUCGAAGAGUUCCUCCACUUUACCUUUCAAUUGAAGAAUUAUCUGAAUCGAAAAAAGGUCUCGAUGAUUUUAUCGAAAGACCUAAACGUCCAAUCAAUUCAUUUUUGAUUUAUAGAAAAAAUGAAUUGGCUUUAUAUAAAUCAAAAAAUACCAAAAUCAGUAAAUCUGAUGUUAACGGAAUUCAAUUAAAGUGGAAUAGCGCAUCAGAAGAAGUAAAAACCGCUUAA